AUGGAGAUGAGGCAGGCAGGUCUAGUUACCAAAGGAAAGGCAGAUCAUCCGCUCUGCCUAAGCCAGACAUUAAACCAGUCCCAAGCCUACCGGAGAAAGAAAGAAGCAAGACCUAAGGAACCACCUUUACCCGGACCCGAGAUCUUAGAGUCUGAAGACGAGCCCAUACAGAAACACGACUCAUUUUCUGAAGAGUAUGUGGCUAUGCCGGUUAGCGGGAAACUUUUGAUGUCAGGGAAGGUCUCCUGGGAACAAGAUCAGGGAGAGGAACAAGACGAAAUGUCAUCCCCUGAUGAGUAUGAGGAGAGACCUGGAGGACUGUAUCCGGCUAGAAGAAUCCUAAGUCUCCAAACCAGUACAAAGGAGGAAGAACAAAGAGAGAAUCUCUUUCAUACUCGAUGUCUUGUCCAAGACAAGGUUUGCAGCAUGAUCAUAGACGGAGGUAGCUGUACCAACGUGGCUAGUGAAACCAUGGUCAAGAAUCUUGGUCUUAAACCACAGAAUCAUCCCGAACCAUACAAGCUUCAAUGGUUGAAUGAUGUUGGCGAGAUGAAAGUUAAAAGUCAAGUGGUUGUGCCGUUGGCCAUUGUGAACUAUGAAGAUAAGAUCCUAUGUGAUGCUGGACAUAUCUUGCUAGGAAGGCCAUGGCAAUCUGACAGAAGGGUUAUCCAUGAUGGUUUCAUAAAUCGCUAUUCAUUUCUAUUCAAAGGCAAGAAGACUACUGUUAUCCCUUUGACACCUCAAGAGGUUUAUGAGGACCAAAUCCAACUCUCAGGCAAGGAUACCAGGUUAGACAAUCAACCCAAUUUCUUUAUUACGUCUAACAAGGUUAAGCAAGCUCUGUUCUCUAAACGACCUAUUCUUUUAUUUGUUUAUAAUGAAACACUAACUAGCUUAGCUAACCUUGCACCGGUUGUUCCGAGUGAGAUGAGUCAUCUUUUGCAGGACUUGAAGGAUGUAUUUCCAGAGGACAAUCCCAUAGGUUUAACUCCUGCCCGUGGCAUUGAACAUCAGAUUGGUUUCGUUCCUGGAGCCACACUCCCAAACCGUCCAGCAUACUGCACCAAUCCGGUGGAAACAAAAGUGUUACAGCGCCAAGUUGAUGAGCUCAUGGAGAAAGGCCAUAUCAGAAAGACGGCAGCUGGCGCAUGUGUCUCAAUUGUCGAGCAAUCAACAAUAUCACUGUAA